AUGAGCAAGUCCAUACCCGAUGCCGGUAUGAUACGUGCAAUAAAGACUGAGGAACGCCGUGAGGUUCCAUGCCUACAACCCAUAGAUGUGGUAGAAUGCAUAUAUGAGCAUUUCACUGAAUCGCGGGAUAAACUUUCUUUGAGAAUAGGUGACAUGGUCUACGUACUCAAUAAAGGUUCUAAUGGCUGGUGGGAUGGGGUUCUCAUAAGGCACUGCGCUAACGAUAGCAGCCCGUUGAAGCUGGACAGAGGUUGGUUCUCCCCAUCAUUUACACGGUCUAUUUUACAUGAUUCACAUAAGCAGCAGCCUCCGACUGAUAGUUAUAUGGAGAAAUUUCAAGCCGGCCUUAAUGUGAACUUGAAAUUAUCAAGCCAGCUAGUAAUUUUAUCACGACAAGAUUUUUUGGAGUGUUGUCGUAAUAUUGAUUUUAAAGAGCCACUGGUCUGGUCACCCACUCGCGCUCAUGCCCAGGACCACGGCUGUGAGAUACUAUACUACAAUCCAGAUUUAGAUGUAUAUUGUACCGCUUUACCAUAUUUACCACAGGGUCCGGAUCCCGUAGCUCGCGGCCCACCUUCUCCUGCAAUGUCAUCUAAGAUCACUGGUAAGAAGAUGCCUAUUAACGCUCUUCCUGAUUUGUUUUAUCUUAAUGACUGUGACGUCACGUAUUGGUACGACCUUACUCGUUUGGUCUGUCACUAUGUUAAUCUAACAGAAUUUGAUUUGGUAAGCAACGAUAGAAAAGGUUUUUCCACUUCUUUGGAUCUAUUAUCUGUCCAAAUAACCUAUGUUUAUAUGCUUUUCAGGAAUCUUCAUUUAAUUGAUGAUAAUUUUAGGAAAGUUAUAAAAAAACUAAUUUACACAUUAUCUAAGUUCUCAAUGAAAUCAAAUAUCUGGUUUAACUCCAACUCCUUUGAAGAGAGGAAAAAAAUUGUCGAUCAGAAGGAUCCAAAAAGAAAGGACCCGUUUCUAAAAUCAAUCUUAAGCACUUUCCAAAAAUUUCAUUUUCUUCUACGUUUACUACAUUUCCUCUCACAACCUAAUGAAUUUACUAUACUGCCGCAAUUGGCUCCUCGGUUUUUCAAAGAUUCAUUCAGUACAGUCUCAUGGAAUAACCCAUUUUUACAGAAAAACUUCAACCAUCGGAUGUCCCACGAUUUACCCAGGGAGAUGAUCAAAGCUGUAGCAGGCGCUUCAGGAAUUAUGGCGGAUAAUAUUAACGAGAUCCCAGUUUCUAAACACGACAGUUCAUCUCCUUCAGCAUCGUCAUAUCAUACACCAUCCGCUACUUCUCGAAGGAGGAGAAGGAGCACCGUUCUCUCCAAUACGUCAAGGAGUUCAAGUGAAUCCGAUACUAUAUGGUCUAGGAGGAAAAAACCAUACCCACUAAAUGAAGAUACUCUGAAUUUUGUGAAAGCUAGGAAGAGACAAUUUGAUGCGAAAUUGAAACAGAUGAUUCAAAGUGCCAACGAAUGCCUCAGGAACACUGCAAACAUUUCAAAGAUGCUGAACUUUGAAAUGAAUUUUAAAACCUACGAAGAAGUCAGUGAAACAAUUCCUAUUAUUGAUAUUUUAGAAAAUUUAGAUUUAACUAUUUUCUUAAACUUGAGAGAAUUAUGUGAUAGGGAAAAAGCUUUCGAUGAAAAUGUCACAAUUGGUGAUGAGGACAGGGAGUUUUUAAACCAUUCUUUAUCAUCAAUUUCAUACAUUUUAUCCGACUAUUUUGACAUGAAGCAAUACUUCCAUGAUGUGGUAGCAAAAUUUAUAAUUGUCGCCCAACAUUUGACUUUAGAAGAUCCGUUUGUUUUCUCCUCGAUGCAGAACGAUUUUCCCACCGGGUAUUAUGAGCCAACGAAACCAGCAUCCUUGACCCCACAAACUGCCAGAAAAAAUAACAAGCAGAAGGGAGAUCAAAAUGCUGAAAGCCAAGAGGAAGAAGACGAAUAUGAACAAGAUCGAGAUAGUGUUCUUCUUUUCAAUAAUCUGAUCAACCAAGAUGAGGAUACCAACGACUUGAAGUUUUUCAAUCUCUUCCAUGUUUUCAAAAGCUCUUGCGAUGACUAUUUCAAUGUGCUUAAACUGGUCAUUGAAUCAAUAAAACAGUUAAUUUUAGAGAGGGAGAACUUGUUAAACUAUGCUGCUAGAAUGAUGAAAAAUGAUAUUACAGAGCUGCUAUUGCAGGGUGAAGAAGGCGGAUAUGGGUCCUACGAUGAAAGUGAUGCCACCGAAAAAAAUGAUUCUAACACUGUUUAUACGGAUACGACUACUAGGGGCGACGAUGAAUGGUGCAAGAGUCAAACCUUACUACCGCGGUACUUGCAAAAUGAGUACGAUAGUGAACUAAUUUGGGGCCCCAAUAAUAGGAUCAAAGGUGGUUCUAAAAAGGCAUUGAUUUCUUACUUAACAAAUAGUGAAAAGAGAGAUUCUUGGUUCAACAUCACCCUUUUAGUCACUUUUAGAAGCAUUUUCACAACAACGGAGUUUUUAAGUCACUUGAUCUCCCGAUAUAACUUGGAUCCGCCAGAGGAUUUAUGUUUUGAAGAAUACAAUGAAUGGGUGACCAAAAAAUUGAUACCGGUGAAAUAUAAAGUUGUCGAAAUUAUGGCAACUUUUCUCAGGCAAUAUUGGUUCCCAAGUUAUUACGAGCCCAAUCUUGCAACUCUGAAUUUGGACGAAUUUGCGCAACUAACGGUAAAGGAAAACAUACCUGGGUCUAUGGAAUUGCUGGAUGAAAUCGAUCAAAAAUUUAAACAUGGCAAUAGGCAGGCAAAUGAUCCGUCCAAAACAUCAGAUCUGCAUACCUGGCAAAGUAAUCUCUCGGUCCCUCUCUACUCUACUACGGAAUCCCUUCUCGCUGCCGAUCCAAUUGCAUUUGCUACUCAAUUAACCAUAUUAGAGCACGAUAUUUAUUGUGAAAUAACUAUUUUUGACUGUUUACAAAAGAUUUUGAAGAAGAAAUAUGCGAAACCCGAUGAUAUUUCGUCAGGAUUAAGUGGUUUUGUCAGUUUUUCCAAUAAGUUAACAAACUUUAUAUCCUACUCCGUUGUAAAAGAAGCUGACAUAACCAAACGCGCCAAAUUGUUGUCUCAUUUUAUUUUUAUUGCCGAAUAUUGUAGAAGAUUCAACAACUUUUCUUCUAUGACUGCGAUUAUUUCAGCAUUAUAUUCAUCACCAAUUUACCGUUUAGAGAAAACUUGGCUGGUAGUUAUGCCCCAAACGAGAGACCUGAUGCACUCUUUAAACAAGUUGAUGGAUCCCAAGAAAAAUUUCAUAAAUUAUAGGAAAGAACUGAAAUCUUUACACAAUGUACCAUGUGUACCGUUUUUUGGCGUUUACCUAUCUGACUUAACUUUUACAGAUUCUGGUAAUCCUGACUAUCUUGUAUUGGAACACGGUUCGAAGGGUACCCAGGACGAGAAGAAAUAUGUAAACUUCAACAAAAGGAUUAGACUUGUUGAUAUUUUACAAGAGAUCAUAUAUUUCAAGAAAAUCCACUACGAUUUUGUUAAAGAUCAGACAGCGAUUGAAGGUAUUUGUAGUGCACUGGAAGAUAUCCCUCAUAUCGAAAAACAAUACCAAUUAUCAUUGAUCAUCGAACCAAAACCUAAAAAGAAAGUUGUUGCGAAUACCAACUCGACAAAUAAAUCACAAGAAAAAUCCAGCGAAAACGAGACUGGUGAACAAAAAUCACCCGCUAAGAAGGACAAGUUUGCAAAAUUUCAACUGGGCAAGACAAAGAAGAAAACUCCAAAUAUUCUCAGAUGA